UGGCCAGUUUUAAAGUUUUUUAAAGCAAGCUACCUAUAAGUACAAGGGGUGGACAGGAAACACGAUAGAAUGACACAAGCAAGUUUUCCGAUCCAAAGAUGAAGUAAUACCAUGAGAUCUUUAAAAGACUCCAAAAUGACCGGGAAAGAUUUUAUUUCCUCGGUGUUUUUGAUACUUUGUAUCCUGACAAAUACCACUCCCAUGACGUCAGCGCAAGACAUGACAACAACAAAUCCGACCGUCACGGCUAAUGCAACAAUCUGUCCAUUCAUGCUUCUGGCUCCUUCGUUUUUGGAAACCGAUUUUGGAAGACGAGCAAUAUUUAAGGGUUUUGAUGAGGCAAAACUUGAACCCAGUCUACAGGCAAGGUGGCAAGUAAUAAGAAAUGGGACAACAGAAAACAUCGAUAUUCACGUAGAAAAAUACAUGGGAAGCACACUAUUGCCUAACCUGACGCUGUUUAUCAAUCAAGCUAAAUUCGACGAUGAAGGCUUUUAUCGAUUUCAAGUUAGGAUCCAAGACGGUUGGUGCUCGAGUACCAAGGUAGAAUUAAGAAAGGUCCGGGGAAUUUUACAGUAUGGCAAAGCCUGCAAUCUGACGAGAGAGUGUAAUGAAAGAACAAGUUUAAUUUGUUCAGAUAAACACAAAAAGUGUUUUUGUGACCCUUCUUAUGCUUACGCCCAUGAGAGAAAAUGCCUAUCUCAGUCACUUCUUAAAGCAGUAUUUACAACAAGUAAUAUUUCCUCAACAUCCAUGGCGGUUGAUUGGAAAGACCCGUUACAAGGCGCCAAUCUUAUCCAGGAAUACUUCCUUGAAAUUUCCGAGAACAGUGGAUCCUUUAGUGUUAACAAAUCCGUAAAUCGAGACAAUCAAUAUCUUAUCGACGCACAUUUUGUACCUGGGCAUUUAUUUUAUGCGAAUAUUACUUCCAUUGUGUAUCUCAACGAUGUCGAAAAGACGAUUUACAUUAAGAGUGAAGUUUUACACCUUGUUGUAGAACCAUUGCCUCCUGGUGCCAUUAACAGAAGUCGAAGUAAUUUUCAUCCUGAGCAAGUACAUCUCCACUGGGGUCUGCCUUUGUUAAACACUUCCGUCGACAGGUACCAAGUAACCAUAAAUGGAAAUUCAAAGUUAUCUACUGGCAACUUCAUUGACUGGACUUCGAGACUGGAACCUGGAACAAAGUACAAUGUAACAAUUCAGGCUAUUAGUUGGUACGAUUUCAACUACGAAAAACGAAGUGUUCUGUACACCGAAGAAAUAACCACUAUCCGUACUCCGAAGGUUAUUCUUUCUUUCUCUCCUUUCUACCACAUUUCUUACUUAACAAAUCUAAAAGCCAACGCAUCCAUUCAGCUUCAAUCUCAUUUCCCGCCGAUUCUUGAAGUGAAAUGGCAAAAGAUUCGCGGAACGACAGCAGACGAUAUAGAUAUUAAUCUCAGCAGACUUCAAGGCAGUACAGUCGAUAGUAGCAAUCCUCAAUUGCAAAUCAGUAGAGUUACUUUUGAAAAUGACAAUGCAAAUUCUUACCGUUGCUUAGCAAGAAACUCCGAAGGAUGGGGGACAAGCUACAAUAGGACGUUGUCUGUAAUCGGAAGUUUAAAGUAUUAUGCAUCUUGCAAUCAUAGUCAGGAAUGUCUAUAUCGUUCAAGCAUGACUUGCCAGUCUGGCAAGUGUCUCUGUAAUUCCCGGUACUACCAAAGAAAUUCUCGUUGUUUUCCAAGAUCCUACCUAGAAGUAACGACAGUUGACAUCAAAAGCUUUUCAUGUGGUUUUGAAGCUGGGUUUGCGCUUCAGUGGAAACGACCGUCUCGAGAUCAAGAUCUUGUUAAAGGUUAUGAAGUUUCAUGGAGGGAACAAUCAAUCAGUUACGAAAAAAGGUCUGGUAUUGAUUUUGUUGGAAUGGAAACCAAGUACAGAUCACCGUGCACCUUAAAACUACAACCAGGGAGAAUGUAUUGGACAACUGUUCGAACACUCGCUGAAUUACGAAAUCCAAAGGAGAACAUCUUUGUAGAAGAGUCUUCAAAACAUAUCAUAUUAGAUCCCACUCAGCCUGGAGCAAUCAUUCGGAGCCAGAGCAAUUUCUCGGCAGAUAACUUGUACUUAAAGUGGGAGAAAUCAUCGACAAGCUUUGUAAACCGAUACAAAGUGACCGUCGGUGACCAGACACAAUACACGAGAGGAUACCUACCAGAAAUACAAUGGAAUUCUCUUCUGAUGCCCCUAACGGUUUAUAAAGUGACCAUAACUGCGAUAAGUUAUGGUUAUACUAUUAACUAUCCAACCCAUGGAUCUAAAGAGAGUCCUCCCUCUGUAAAUUCAAUACAAACAACUGAUAUUAAAUAUUCUGGAAAGAUAUACUUGCCGUAUGGAGAUGAAGACUAUAUUCUACAAGGCAAAAAGACAAGUACACCUCUAAAAUCACCGAUUACUGUUUAUGUCGGGGAUGGAUCUGACGACGGAUUCAACUCCGUAGUAAUCGGCUCUAAUGGUGUAAUUGGACUUGGAGACAAGUUUAACAGUCCGAAUAUACAAGAACUUGAUUCCUCUAAACUUUCGGGAGAAAAAAUACUUUUCCCUUUCUGGACAGUGUUACAUUCAGUUGGAAAAGUUGGGAAGGUGUACUAUAACACGUAUUCAAGGGGACCCAAAGCAGAUGAUGUCGAUGUCAUGUUCAUGGAACAGGCAGACAAUAUCAUUAAGAAACAUUUCAGAGACUUUGGAAACUUUGAAGCUAGUUGGCUUGUGAAAGUCACAUGGGAAAAUAUGACAGUAAAUGGAAUGAAAAAAGAAGAGAAAGUUACUUUCCAAUGCUAUCUUAUUUCUGACGGUGACAACACCUUUGUUGUUUUUAAUUACGUUGAUGUGAAUCUUAAGCCUAAGAAGAAUCGUAAGAUCUCCGUAGGAUAUCGGUACAACGACAUCAUUGUGCGGAACCCAUUUUCGAACAAGGAUGGUGUGUUAUGCCGAAUGACAGUUAUGCCUGGAAAUAGAGGCGGUCGUGGUCUUUUUAUUUACAAAAUGACCGAAGGGGUUCGUGCAAAAAGGGAUGCAAGGGCGUGUCAAUUGUGGUAUAACUAUACCCGAGGGAGUAAGAUACGUGAGCAGCUUAUGGCCAAUGAAAUCGAAUGUCCUUGCGAUACUCGGUUCCUCAGAUUUGAUCCACGUUUUGCCAUCAGCCGAUUUGACAGGAAAAAUCGAAUACUGUGCUUCGCCUCCGUAUUGGUUGAUGAUAACGCUGAAUGUUGUUUCAAGAUGUACGCUAAUACUGAAAAUUUAGGACCGCUGGAAAGGUCGAUGCCGCUAGCUGGAACCAGGUUACAAUUCAGUCCAUUCUUAGACCAACACAAACACAUUAAUUAUGACUUCAAUCCUAAACGUGUUUGCUGCAGUACGCAGCAGUGCGAUUUGUAUUACUUUGUACUUCCGAUCCCAGGAUGUUAUCGAAGAUCACCUUUUGCCCCAGCUGGAAUGUUUGGAGAUCCACAUAUCACAACACUUGAUGGUAAACUGUAUACAUUCAAUGGGUACGGGGAAUACACUCUGCUGAAAAUAAAUACCAGUACAACAACAUUUGAACUUCAAGCACGAACUGAACUUGCCACUGCUCAAAAUGGCGGGAAAUCAAAUGCAACAGUAUUUAGUGCUUUUGUAGCGCAAGACCAGACUGGUACCAACAUGCAGGUUGAGAUGUCACAUGACAAGAAAAGUAUGAUUAUUAAGGCAAAUGGUAGAGAUCUUACCAAGCAGUUUGAAAACGCAAACUACACUCUGCUGACGGCAAACAUUUCCAUUCGUUGGGACGGGGAAAAAAUUUCCGCCCUAUUUCUUAAGCCCCUAAUCACAGUAAAGAUAAGCAUUGAAAAGCGCCUGUUGCUUUGUGAAACACUUGUGAAUAAAAAAUACAAAGGACUGACUUCCGGUUUGAUGGGAAACUUUGAUGACAUAGAAAGCAAUGACUUUAUGCUGCCAAAUGGAACAGAGUUAAAUGAGAACGCAACGAAAACAGAAAGAGACAUAUUUUACAACUUUGGACAGCACUGGUCAGUUAAAGAAACUUCUCUAUUCCAAUACGAGGAUGGACUGACGUUCAAAGAUUUCUUCCACCCCGAGUUUGUUCCCAUGUUUGUGGACGAAGUUGACGAAAGUCGUCUAAAUAAUGCCAAAGCUAAAUGCGGUCCACGCCCUUCCUCGUCAUGUGUGUCGGACUAUCUGGCCACGGGAGACCUAGAACUAGCUUUGUCAUCCGGGAAAUCUGAGGAAAAAGCUAAAAAGAAUAUUGCUGAGAUAGAAAAUGAAACACCGCAAAUAUCCGGGAACACUACCAUUAACGUCCAAGUAAACCAGACGGUGGAGAUAAGUUUUAACAUCUCUGACGAUGGUCAAGCUGAACCAUUGUUCGUCAUACUGAAACAACCCGACAACUUCGUCCUUGACAAUCAAACGGGGAUCGCAACAUGGACACCGACCAAUGACAGCGUUUCCGAAAUCCAGUUGCUCGCGGAAGAUGAUAUGGGUGUACAGUCACCAGUUCUGGACGUUUUUGUCAACAUGUGUAGUGGGUGCAGUAACCGUGGAAACUGUGAUUUUGACAACUUAUUGUCCUCAGAGGAAAAUAAAUUCCGCAAAGUAGCAUGUGACUGCGAUCCUGGAUAUUUUGGUGACAAUUGUGAAAAUGAGACGAAUGCCUGUCUGGAAGACCCCUGUUCUCUAGACAGGGAGUGCACGGACCUAACCCCCGAAGAGGAGUCUGUACUUGGUCGCGGUUACAACUGCUCAGCUUGUCCCCCGGGCUAUGACGAAGUCGAUGCUGACUGUUUUGACAAAGAUGAGUGUUUAUUGGCUGGCGGAAAUGACUGUAACGCCUCAGUGGAGACCUGUGAGAAUACAGAGGGCGGGUAUAUCUGUCAAUGUCUUCCAGGAUAUAAGAAAACGGAUAACCAUUGCAAAGAUAUUGAUGAAUGUCUGAUUGGAACCUCGGGUUGCGAACAGAUAUGUCAGAACACACCUGGCUCUUUCACGUGUAGCUGUUACUCGGGCUUCACCUUACAAUCAGAUCAACGUUCGUGUGAGAAAGCAGCGGAUAGUGAGCCUUGUAAGGAUUAUGACAAGAAAUGUGAAUACACCUGCAGUAACAAAACAGGAACAGUUAAAUGUGAAUGUCCACUGGGAUUCCAACUGGCUGUAAAUGGAAUCAGUUGCAAAGACCUCAACGAGUGUGAGCUUUCUACAUCACCGUGCGAGCAAGGCUGUGUCAAUACCGAAGGAUCGUUUAACUGUACCUGCAGACCUGGCUAUUUUCUAAAUGAGGACAAAACAUCCUGCACAGGUUGUGAACUUCCAAACUAUGGCCAAAAUUGCAGCAAAGUGUGCGAGUGUGGUCCUGGGGGAGACAAAUGUGACGAAGCAACCGGGUGUGUCUGUCUGUCGGGGUGGACGGGGGAGAAGUGUGACGAAGACAUCGAUGAGUGUACCACAGAUCCAUUUAUAUGCGGCUCCAACCAAAUAUGCCAGAAUCUCGAGGGGUCCUACUCAUGUACUUGCGGGGAUGGUUUCGAAUUGCUGGAUAAUAAAUGCGAAGAUAUUGACGAGUGCGCUGAUAUGGGUUUGAACGACUGCCCAAAGUCCACCACAGUCUGUCGCAAUACACACGGCAAUUACUCUUGUGAAUGUCAGAAAGGAUUUCAGAUGAAAAACGGCGCGUGUGGAGAUAUAAACGAAUGUGAAACGGGCGUCCAUGGCUGUUCUCAGAUGUGCAUUAACGUAGAUGGCGGCUUCAAUUGUGCGUGUUACUAUGGAUUCACUUUACUAGAUGACAGGGAGACAUGCGAAAAAGUUAAGGACACGUGUGCCCGUUUCCCUGGCCUCAACUGUAGUUAUGCGUGUCGGCAACAAGGUCUGGACCCGGCAUCAGGGGUUUGUUUCUGUGAAUCUGGUUACCAACUUGGUGGCGACGGGACAACAUGCAUUGACAUCAACGAGUGCAGCAGCAAUAACCACUGUGUCCACAACUGUACAAACACAGAUGGUUCAUUUGAAUGUGGAUGUGCCAUUGGAUACAGACUUCAGAACGAUGGAAUAUCUUGCGAAGCAUGCGACGAGCAUUUCUACGGCGAAAACUGUGAGACACCGUGUAAAUGUGGGCGUGGCGCCCAGACAUGCCACCAUAUAGAUGGGUGUGUCUGUGAGUUAGGGUGGACAGGGGACACUUGUGAGCAGGACGUAAACGAAUGUUUAACGAGUCCUUGUCAUGGAGGUCACGAACUCUGCUUGAAUACCCCAGGGUCCUAUAGAUGUGAAUGUAAACCAGGAUUUAACAAAUCCAAUGAACAAUGUUUAGAUAUUGAUGAAUGCCAAGAUUCAACCAUUUGCCCACAGAAAUGUGUGAAUACAGAAGGAAGUUACGCGUGUGCUUGUAAUGAUGGCUUCAAACUUGAUGAAAAUGAGAAAGACUGUGAAGACAUAAAUGAAUGUCAGCAAGCAAAGUGCCACGACUGUGAGAAUUUACCGGGUAGUUUUAGAUGUUACUGCAGGGAUGGAUUUCUACUCAAUUCUACAACACAGAUGGAUUGUCACAAUAUUGACGAAUGUUCUGAUGGAAGCAAUACCUGCUCACCCCAUGCCACCUGUACGGAUACAAUUGGCAGCUAUACCUGCAAAUGUCCUGAUAAAGGUUUCAAAGGAGAUGGUCAUGAAUGCACAGCCUGCGAGGACUUCACAUACGGAGAGCAGUGUUCCCAAACGUGUACAUGUAAUACAAGUAAUACAGAAACAUGCGAUGGUUCCUCGGGGGUGUGCGCCUGUAAGACGGGGUGGGAGGGGCGAGACUGCGAUAUAGACGUGGAUGAGUGUAAGAGAGGGACCAAGGAAUGUGACGACACGGAGCUACAAAUCUGUGUGAACACCCCUGGCUCUGUCCAUUGCGAGUGUCGUUAUGGGGGAGUAGACCUAAAUAACUGUAUUGAGCCUAAACCGGAAUAUACCACAAGUGAUAUAGAAACGAAGGUUAAGGUGGAAGCUAGGUUUGAGACAAACAUCGGGCGUCAGGAAUUUCUCGCAGACUCCGAAAAGUUCGUGGAAGAAUAUGAAAAAUCGCUGAACGCUUUUUACAAAGAAGAAAAUGUCAAUGGAUUCUCUUCAGUGAAAGUCUUGUCUGUAAGAUUUGGGAGUCUAAUCAUCGACUAUGAAAUAAUUGGGAGCAUUAACAACUCGGACAGUUUUAAGACAGACCUCGCAAAAUGCAUGACCCAACUUCUUAGUGGUAAAAUCAACAUCACCGUGUUACAACAGACCCAAGUAAUACUGACCGUCACCAUUAAAGACCAGUCCGGUCUUCAGCUGACCAGCCUAUCUUCUUCCGCGUCCCCGUGUUAUGUGUUGAAAAGUUUCGGGGCUUCUUGUUCGUCUGGAAAAAAAUGUAUAGAUUCUUCUGGAGUAGCAACUUGUGUCGACGAUUCAUCUGACGAAGAUUCGUCAAUGUUUUUACUUUAUCUUGGAGUAAGUAUUCCAUUCGUCCUCAUCAUAAUAGCCAUGAUGGGUUGUUGGAUCUACCAUCAGAAAACAGCGAAUCGUGUCCAAGUAAUCCGUUUAAGUGAUCCAGACGUUCAGAAAAUGAAAGUUUGCAAGGAAAUACCUAAACGUAACUUCUUCGAAGACAUGGAAGCGCUUGGUCCUUUCUUUGGACAAGUUGAUUGGCCUAGCAAAAAGUAAUGGACAAGAAGUCAAUGCACCAAUCAACUUUCCUGAUAGAGAUUUUAAACAUACAAUAAAUAUUUUUUUUGUUUGUUUCCUCCUUCAAGUUUUAUUGAGCCAAAAUUAUGAAAAUCAUCAAACAUAUCCAUUUGUGUCAAUUUUGUUUUGAUUAAAUUGUGUAUGUACAUCUCAAUUCUCAUCCAUGAUAAGUAUGCGACAGUGAAAGCGGAUUCAAGCUUUAAGUUAUUUAGAUUAAAAUCUUUAUAUCACAUUUGUUUUUUC